AUGGAGGACUGCGGGAUGACAGCGUCUGGCACGGGCUCCGAUGCACUGGCGCGGUGUCGGGGUGCCUUGUCCCCCGUCCCGCUGUCCCCUGGUCCCUCAGCCGGGACUGAUAGAGCAGGACUUCAGACUUACAGUAUGCUUGAUGAUGCUACUUCAACAAAAUUAGCCAAUUGUCUGCAAUCAAGAAUUAAAGCUGAGUCCACCUCUAAAGUUGAAGGCUGGGGCAAUGACAUGUCUUCUUCUUCUACUUCACCAGACAUGUCUGUGACCAUCUCACUGUUUCUCAAGACUGGGACCAGCAUUCAAGAUCAUCUGCACGGAAUCACAGAAAGGCAUCAACCCUAA